AUGAAGAUUUGUUGUGAUGUUUGCAGCAAAGAAGAAGCCACCCUUUUCUGCUAUGCAGAUGAAGCUGUUCUUUGUGAAGCAUGUGAUGUUGGUGUUCACCAUGCUAAUAAGCUUGCUACUAAACACUGUCGUUUGCCUCUUCUAAACCCUAAUUCCUGCAAUGCUUCCCCACUUUGCGACAUCUGUCAGGAGAGACGUGGGUUUAUAUUUUGUAAAGAAGACAGAGCAGUACUUUGUAUGAAAUGUGACCUUUCAAUUCAUAGAGCCAAUGAAUAUACACAGAAACAUAACAGGUUUCUUCUCACCGGUGUGAAGCUCUCUUCUUUAAACCCGAUUUCAUACUGCUCUAAUGGGGUUGAUGAUGAGAGUAAAAAUUUGCAGUGUUCAAUUUCUAACAAUGAAAUCUUAAGCCCUGCUUCCAUUGAGAAACCAUUGGGGGUUGAAGAUAAUUACAGUAACAGUGACAAUACAUCGGUUUCAACCACCAAUAAUAUGUCGGAGUAUUUUAUGGAAACAAUUCCUGGUUGGCUGCUUGAUGAUUUUCUUCACCCUUCUUCACCUGCUAAUGCCUUCUCUUACGGUAAGCUUUAA